AUCCGUAUUUAAGGCAGAAGUGCCACGUUCUUCCUCUUUAAAUUGGUAUCUUUUUCCAGCCUCCACUUCCCAGUGUUAUAGCAAGGGGGGCUGUGCGUAGCACCAGGAAUGAUGAAGCUUUUAAUAAGCUUUGCCUUAUUGGCUAUCAGUGCUGCUGUUCCAGUUGAAGGGUUUUCCUUGCCAGGGAAACCCAACUUGGCUGACUUUGGGCUAAGCGACAAAGACCUUUCUGAAGAUCUUGGUGGUAUUCCUCUGCUAGAACCUGUUUUACUGAGGAACCCAGAAGAUAUACUGAAGGGUUUUAAACUUGAUGGCCAUGUAGAAGAGAAGGGUGCUGCACCUGCUGCGGAAGGCAGCUCUUCUGAAGAGGAUAAAGAAGAAGAAUCCUCUAGUGAAGAAGAUGCAAAGCAAGAAGCUGCCCCCUCUGAAAAGAAAAGCUCCUCCUCUGAAGAAGAAAGCUCCUCCUCUGAAGAAGAAAGCUCCUCCUCUGAAGAGGAAAGCUCCUCCUCUGAAGAAAGUAGCUCAGAAGAACCAGCAGCUGCUGCCCCCAUUGAAGAGGCAGCUCCUGCACAAGAGGCUGAGGCCAAGACAGCAGAGGUUGCCAAAAAAGAGCCAGAGGCAGCUGACAAGCCCUUUGCCAAUCUAAAAAACAAAUUUAAUAUUGCCUACUUCCCUGAACGCAAAAAUCUUGAAUUGUCAUUUAAGAAGAGCUUCAUAAAAGACAAUGCCAAAAAACAUCAUGGCAGCCGUUCUGCUUUCAACAUACGCAGAUAAAAAGAUACGUGAGCACGUAUGAAAUGAAGCAUUUCCCAGAAGUGACUACAAUACAAGCUUUUCUUUUCCUCUCCUUCCUGCAUUAGUCUUUUAGCCUGCAUCUCUUCAGCAUAAUAAAGCAUUCAGCAACA